GGUCUCUCUCUCUCUCUCUGUCUCUCUCUCUCUCUGUGUCGAUGGCUCAACCCUAUAGAGUCGUGGUCCUAGAGCAAAACCAGGUUGCUCCACCGCCCAACUCAGUUCCAAUCACAUCUCUUCCUCUCACCUUCUUUGACAUACCAUGGCUUCUCUGCCGUCCUAUGCAACGACUUUUCUUCUACGAUCUCCCCCAGCCUACCAACCAUUUCCUACAAGCCAUCCUUCCUUCUCUCAAACACUCUCUCUCCUUCACCCUCCAACACUUCUUUCCCUUUGCCGCCGAUCUCAUCUGCCCUCCCCAACCCCUCAAGCCCCAUCUCCUCUACGCAGAGGGAAACUCCGUCCCUUUGACCAUCGCCGAGUGUGCCGGUGAUUUCCAUCAGCUCAUAGCCAACUGUCCACGAGAUGUCAGAGAAUUGCAUCCCUUCGUGGCGCAAUUGCCUCCAGCGCGCGUGUCAUCGGAUAACACGCGUGUGAUCCCUCUCAUGAGCGUGCAAGUCACCGUUUUUCCGAAUAAGGGCAUUUGUAUCGGUAUCACCUUCUGGCACGUGGCAGCCGAUGGAAGGGCAUUCCACCAUUUCAUCAAAUCAUGGGCGUCAAUCUUCAGGAGUAGAGGAGACCUGACUUUCCUCGCCACGUCACCACCACUCCAUGACAAGGGUGUGAUCAAAGACCUGAAUGGACUUGAGCCCAUUUUCUUGGAGGAGUGGUGGAAGUGGGCAUCAACAUGGAAAGAGGAGGACUCGGUUCCCAUCCAUGAUAUCUCGGCUAACAAAGUUCGGGCCACAUUUGUACUGGGCCGAGCCCAUAUUGAGAAUCUUAAGCACCGGGUAACAAGUGAAUGUACUACGGACUUGGAGUCAUUACACACCUCAACAUUUGUGGUAACGUGUGCACUCAUCUGGGUUUGCUUGAUCAAAUCCCAAAACGGUGGAGUAAGUAAUUUUGCAAACAAUGAUAAGCUCUACUACUUCAACUUUGUAGCAGAUUGCAGAAACCGGGUGGAGUUUCCAAUACCCUCCACAUAUUUUGGAAAUUGCCUAGCAAUAUGUUUUGUGUCAAUUGCGGGGAGUGAGCUAGUGGGAGAAACUGGGUUUUUCAAGGCUGUGAAAGUUAUUGGCGACAGAGUAUCAGAAUUGAAGAGUGGAGCUUUGAGAGGGGCAGAGAGGUGGCUGCUAGAUUGGAAAGAAAUAUCGGAGUUGGGUCGUCUUGUUACGGUUGCAGGCUCACCAAGAUUGGGUAUUUAUGAUACAGAUUUUGGAUGGGGGAAGCCGAAAAAGAGUGAAGUGGUUCAGAUUGAUGUUUCAGGGGCUAUUUCUCUUGCCGAGUGCAGAGAUGAAGAUGGUGCAAUUGAGGUUGGUUUGUCACUCAGUAGGACACAAAUGAUUAGUUUCAAUGCCAUCUUCGAACAAAGCUUGAAGCUACUCUGAUGUAUAUUUUUUGAUUUCUCUCAUCAUGACAAAAACUGAAGUAAGGUUGUAACCAUACUUCAAAUAUCUAAGUUUUGCAAAUAUCUUAAUAAUCA